AUUCCUCGCGUGGAGCUGCCGCGGUCGACCUGCUCAGCCACUGCCCCCACCCCAAAACGGCAGUCCAUGGCUAGCCAUGGGGCAGAAGGGGUCCGCUAGUCUCUAGGACCAUGAAGUUUUGGCUAUGGGGAUACCUGGGCUGACUCCUCUCCUGUUAAUGUUGGGAUUCCUGGCCCCAGCGCUCCUUACGACCCCCGAGCCCAUGUGCGACCAGCGUGUCAUGAACAAGUACAUCCAAGAUGUCAGCAAGGCUGAGAGUGAAAUCGUAGAACUUUGUAGAACUUCCUGCAACCUGCCUGAACCUGUCAUGGUGCUGGACACCGGAGUCAACAUACGUAGCUGGAGAAAAAUGAAUAGGACGAGGCAGGCGUCUGAGGUGUGGAGAGGCCAGACCCUCCUUUCGAGGGCCAUCAGCCAAGUCCAAAGGCAUCAGUCAGCCAUGCAGCCUUUUCUCCGCCAGCUGGAAGUGAUGGAAAGCUGCCUGCGGAGCAUCAGAAACAUCCUGCGUGGCCAUGGAGCCCAGGAAGCCCCCCAAGAUGACGUCUCGACCCGCACCCUGAGCGUGCAGACCAUGAAAAAGCUGUUCAGCGUUUACUCAAGUUUCAUCCGGGGGAAAGUCAGCCUGUACAUUACAGAGGCCUGUGCCAGGUGACGGAGGGAGACCAGCGCCACCAACACAGACCACUCCGCAUGCUGCUGCCACCCCCAACCGCCCACUGCUGGAGGGGGUGGGUGCCCCUGUGUUGCCAGCUGAGUGACAGCUUGAUUUGAUUGGCAGGUGUCAACCACACGCACGCACACACGCAUGUGCACAGCCAGGUUUCCGCGCGGACUGCCUUUCUCAGCCAAGGGGAAACUUUUGACUCGCUUGCCUUUGUGGAUGCCCAGGAGCCAGUGACACUCAUCCCUGCACAUUCACACAUACACACACAGACUUCCACUGCCCUCUGUGGUUCCUGACCCUGCCCAAAAAGAGAAAACAAUAGCUGGGUUUAUGGAAGGUCUGGUACCAUGUCUGCAAACAGGUGGCAAGGCCGCUCCCUGGAUUUUCGAGGGAAGCAAUGGUGGUCCACUUUGGUGCGCAAACCGGGUCCUCGGAGGAGGAUGGUGCUGUCGUCAGGAAAGUGGGAGCUUUUUCAACCACCGACUUUGAAGGAGGAAAAGAGACAGAGGAACGGAGGAGAGGAAGGGAGUCUGCCAAGCCAAGAUGGGAAGGAUUUCAAACCCAAGACACUGGGUUUUCCCAAAGGGGCCUGAGCUGAGAGGUGAAAGGCCCACGAUCCCUCUGCUGUGGGGCAAAGGAGGUGGGUCGCAGAAGAAUCUCGCAGGACAAGGUGGUAUCGGCGGGGGGCCUGUGGCUGCUUGACUAGUGGUGCCCUCUCCCAGUGACUGACAGCGUUUGGGCUGUAGGGUUGUGCGUUUUUGUGGGGACUGGUUAGGAGGGACGAGAGAAAUGUUGCACGGAGAAGAGGCAAAGGUUUGAUGAGGAAGGAAUGGAAAGGUGGUUUGGCGGGCAGCAAAAUGAAAGGAUUUGGUGGGGAACUAAUGUCACCUUCAGCAAAGGAAGAUCCUCGGCCCCCCCCAGGAAACCUCAAGCAGAGGAACAUCAAGAGCGGCCUUAUGCAGGGCUAGGGCCCAAGGCGAAUACUGGUGGCCUUCCAGAGCUGGUUUCUGGCGGUCGCCACAUUUGCAAGUCUGAAAGCAUGCAAGCUCUUUGGGGUUCCACUUACUGUACAUCAUUUGCACAGUUCUGCCUGGGUUGUGGCUGGGCUUUCUGAGCUGUGAAUGUGGAAAGCAGGAGUCGAAAGUUGUUUCUCGAAAGCUGCAGCCCAUUUGUGCACUUGCUUGGGAGUAAAGAACUCCUUGAAUUCAGUGGGGUUUACUUCUGAGUAAAUGUGUGCAAGUUGGGGCUGCAUAGUUUCAAAGCAUCAGUUGUAGGGAGCAUCUGAAAAGGGGCCAGGUGCUCCGAAGAGGUGAGGGUGAUUGGCAGGUGUCCUUCAAACCAUACAUAACUUGGAAAAUAAAGAACUGCAAAAAUGUUUGAUGCUCCUGGAGGGGAGUGAGAUCUAUUGGCGGGUGUCAAUCUUUUCAGGGCCAACUUUAGAUGGCAUUUUUUCGCAAGUGUCUUCUGUAAUCUUGACACAAUAGCAGUGCAUUAAUAAUGGAUUUAUUCAGCUUUAUUAGUUGUUCCGUGAUGCUUCCCACAUUAUUGCUUGGGGGGUGGGGCUUUAGUGCCACCAAAGGGCCCCGCCCCACACAUUUGUGGUAUGUAAAACGUUAUGGGAUUUCAGCAGGAAGGACGGGAUAUUAAAGGAUUGGGAAUGAAACACAGUGUGUCCACACCAAAACAUUUACAGGCACAAACAAAUAUCGAAGGAAGGGUAGCAUAUGAUCACCCCAAUAUCAUCAUGGGCGCAAAUCACUGCAAAUUCUCAAUGCAAAUGGCAUUUCUGAAUCAUAGAACUGGUAGACCUGCAAGGAGCCCCAAGAGUCAUCCAGUCCAACCCCCUUCUUGUCGAGAAAGAAGCCGAUUUAUCGAAAUGCCUGCUGUAAUAACUGUUGAGACGAUCUCCAUGGAUGCGAGUCCCUUCGCUCUCCUCUCCAAAACGUUAAAAGUUGCUGUUUCUGCUAUUUCUGUAAAGCGAAGGUGAAGAUUUGACGGCUGCUGGUUUUGCUUCAGGUUCCAACUCCUUCCAAGGAGAGGGAUAAAAGGCUUCAGUGCCACAGAGGAUAUACACCUAUGUAAAGUUUUUGUUCUAAGGGACUUUAUGAGAGUUUAUAUUUGAUACUAAGUUAAACAUGUACAGUUUUCCUGUAUAUUUAUCUUGUUGACUUCAGAGAGCAGCUGGUUUGUAUACUGGGUUUGGGAAAGGAAGAUUUCCUGGUGGACGGGAGUUGUUUUUUUUAAGUAGUUCUGUUUUAUCUUUAUUAAAGGUUGUUGUGCUUCCCAGAAUAUCCAGAGUUUCCAUUUCUAAACAAGAGCAAUCAGGCUUGCAAGGACAUCUCCUGGCCCUUGAAUAACCUUCCCACUGCUUAGUCUCUCAGUUACGUGUGAGAAUCGGCUGUAGAUCUGCAAGGGAAAGGCACUCUGCAUAUG